AUGGCAACUGUCAACAGACCAACCGAUACCGCCCAGAAGGACAAGGACGUCAACCAAAAACUCCAGCUGUACGGAAUCUUCGAAGCUUUCUCCAACGGCAAAGUCCCCUCCAACCAGCAGAUCGAUGUUGCCCUCAACAGCGCGCUCGAGUCCAAAGCUCUCUCAUCUCCCUCCCCAAGACUGUCCGAAGAGGGUCGCACCUUGGUGGCAGACUUGAAGGAGGUCAUCCGUCAGGCAAAAUACCUGUUAUUGUCCAAGAAUGAGGGUGAUUUGAUCCAAGAAUUCGUUUGGGACAGUCAGCACCUCGACGGCGGCAACGCUGCCCUACCCAGCGCUCCCACCGACAAGGCCACGGCCCAGCAGCACGGUAACGAAGCUCUUGAAGGCCUCAAGACGCUCGGCAGACUUGUACUUUCCAACGGUCAAUUCCGCAAAUUGCUGAGCGACGCAGCUGUCCUCGCCCGCGACAUGGCCGGUGAUGCUGCCACCAAGGCCGCCAACACAGUCAAUCCUUCAGAGGAUCGCCUAAACCAGAUCGAUCAGCCGGCUGAAGACAACACCUGGCACGACGUUCCUGACCUCUCCCGGGGCAAUAUCAAGAAUCAAGCCCGUGCCGCGCUAGACAAGAACAAGCCAAUCGACCGUGACGAGGCCAAGGGUGCUGUUCAAGAAGGACUCGACAGCGCUCAACAACACCCUUCGGAUGACCCUCGUGAUGCCGGACGUGCUGGUCUGUCCAACGCUGCAGCGAACCUCCAGAACACGGCUAGCCAGAACGUGCCCGACGAAGACAAGGAAAGGGCCCAGAAGGCCAAGGAUGCGGCUGUCCAGCGCACCAAGAACUACGUGAGCCAGAAGAUGCCGCCGGAGCGUCGCGAGCAGACCAUUUGGCGUCUGAAGAAGAUGAUCGCCGAGAUUCAAGGCCAUUCAGACUACCAACAAGCAAUUGGAACCUUGCUGUCUCUGGCUGAGACCUAUGCCGGCCAUUCUAAGAACGUGGCCCAACAGGGUCAAGGAGCAGUUAAAGGUGCACAUGCUGAUAAUAACCUGCAGCGCGCCGAAGCUAACCUCAAGACUCUUAUUGAGCGUUUCGCCAAUUUCACCAGUACUGAUGACUUCUUUGAUGCUCUCAACGACAUCUACCGUGAUGCUGACCGAGACCCGGAGCUGAAGGGUUGGUUCAAGCGCCUUGAUAAGUUUGUCCGACGCUGCCUUCAAGAACAAGGUUUCAUCUUGCAGGACAGUUCGAACGACGAGUGGAACCAGUUGUACGACCAGGGUCGUCAUCUGUUCCGUGAGCGCUACCGAGAACACACCGAUCGUCUCCUCGAUGAGGUCAAGUUCAUCGGCAACCAAUUCGAGGAAGAUCCGCAGAACAAGGCUUUCGGCGAUGCAGUUCAGAAAUUGUUCUUGGAUCUUGGUAACGACGAGAACGGGAAGGCCACUUUCAAGCCACACCUGAUCAAGGAUUUGACCAACGUUAUCAUCCCUGCCAUCUUCGAGAAUACCCGCUAUGUGCCCAUCCCACGCAUUGAAGUCUCCGACCCACAGAUCGAUGCUGUUGUUGAGAACUUGGUCAUCGAGACCGACAACCUCUUCCCCAACACCUUCGAAUUUGGCAGUGACAACUACUUUCGCAUGGGUCGCAAGGGCUCCAGUGGCCGGAAAGAUAACAAGAUCAUGAUUGCAGGCUCUGGAGUCCAAAUGGACCUGCGUGAUGUUGCCUACUACAUCAAGCGAAAGCAAGGCUUCCCUUCUAUUACUGAUAAGGGCGUCAUGGACAUCUUCCUUGGUGGAGAGGGGUUCGGCUUCAAGAUUGCCGCUAGAAACGCGCAAAAGAGUGACCGUACCCAUUUCGUUGCCGUCGACAAGGUUGAUGUUGUCAUCAAACACUUGAAUGUCAAGAUCAAACAAUCCAACCACAAGCUUCUCUUCAAGAUUGCCAAGCCAUUGGUUCUCAAGGUUAUGCGGCCAGUCAUCCAAAAAGUUCUCGAGAAGCAGAUCAAGGAUGCGUUCGAGAGGGCAGAUGCUUUCGCUUAUUCAGUCCACCAAGAUGCCCUCAAGGCAAAGGAGGCGGCCAAGAACGAUCCUGAGAAUGCCGGCAACAUCUUCCAGACUUACAUCAACGCAUACCAGAACAAGAUUACCCAGAAGAAGGAAAAGGCCAAGGAACGCACUUCGCAGACUAAUGUCAACAUUGCAAUGACGAAGGAAGAUUCCAUGUUCAAGCACAUCUCGCUGCCGGGCGGUAUCUCUACCAAGGCUACCGAAUACAAACAGCUCGCUGCUAAGGGUGACCGCUGGGAAUCUCCCAUCUUCGCUAUUGGUAAGGCGAAACCAUCGUCAGAUGUUCCCAAACCUCGACAAGUCACUCGCAAGCCACAUGGGACCUCUCGUGCCAGAAUCCAAGGUGGUAAUCAUCCCAACAGCGCUUCCGACCUAUCGUCUGGUUCUACCGGCGCUACAGGUGCUGCUCCCAACGCAUCCGGAUUCAGCAACCAGCUCGAUCAAGCUUUUGACCCCAGAAAAGAUGUGACGAAUGGCUCGGCCAAGGUUACCAACGGCAGCGCCAACAUCUACUACGACAAUGUCACCAAAUAA